AUGUCUACUCUCCACCCCUCCAACUUCAGGACUUCUACCUUCCGUCUCCUGGGCUUCCUGGGCCUGGAAUUGGCUUACCCAUGGGUCGCCCUCCUCUUGUCCGCCAUCUACACCAUAGUGCUGCUGGGGAACAGCACCAUCCUCUACAUACUUCGGAUGGAGUGGAGCCUCCACGAGCCCAUGUACUACCUUUUGGCCUUGCUGACCACCACGGACUUGGGCACAGAACUCUCGACGCUGCCCACGGUUUUGGGCGUCCUUUGGGGGCAAUGCCAGAAGAUCAGCCUCGAUUCCUGCAUCGCCCAAGCGUACUUUAUCCAUGGACUGUCCAUCAUGGAGUCCGGUGUCCUCCUGGCCAUGUCUUGGGACCGCUUCAUCGCAAUCUGCAACCCCUUGUGCUACACUUCUCUAGUAACCGGCUCAUCAAUCAUCAAAAUCGGAACAAUCGUUUUAACCAGGUGUUUUCUAUUGACCCUUCCUGCGAUUAUCCGCCUCAGAUUCUUCUUCUAUUGCUGCCCCCAUGUCCUCUCUCAUUCCUUCUGUCUGCACCAGGACCUGCUCCGCUUGACUUGUUCCGACAUUCAGUUCAACAGUUUCUACGCCCUCGGGCUCGUGAUCAGCACUCUUGUCUUGGACUCUGUCCUCAUUCUGGCCUCCUACAUCCUGAUCUUCUGCACCGUGCUGACUGUGGCCUCCUGUGGGAAGAGGCUGAAGUCUCUCCAAACCUGCACCUCUCAUAUCCUCACCAUCUUGGUUUUUUAUUUUCCCGUCAUCGGCCUGACCAUGGUUCACCGUUUUGGAAAGCACCUGACUCCUCUGGUCCACAUGCUCAUGGGCAACGUCUACAUUCUUUUCCCUCCCCUGAUGAACCCCAUCAUCUACGGUAUUAAAACCCAGCAGAUCUGCAAAAGAAUCCAAAGAAUGUUCUACCUAGAAAGGGGCUGA